AUGUGGUUCUGUCUGCCCUUUGUUAUCGGAGGUUACCUCGAAGUUAUCGGUUACGGUGGACGCAUCGCCGCCAACAACGCUACGGACAAACUCAUGCCUUACAUUGUCCAAUCUGUUUUCCUCUUGGUGCCGCCCUCUUUAUUCGCCGCAUCCAUCUACAUGACACUCGGUCGUGUCAUGCGCGGUUUAGGACCUGCUGCUGAACAGCUUUCCAUCAUCCGCAUUGGUUGGCUCACCAAGACCUUCGUUAUCGGCGACGCCUUCGCAUUCCUUGUACAAAGUAGCGGCGCAGGUUAUAUGGCGGCGGGAAGCGGCACAAAGACGGGCGAGAUCAUUGUCAUCUUCGGUCUUAUCAUCCAAAUCGCCUUUUUUGGACUGUUCGUGGUGUCAGCAAUCACCUUUCACAAGCGCUACCUUGCGAGACUAAGUGCGCAUGCCGGGUUUGAAUGGGAAAACAUCAUGACGAUGCUCUAUGUGACGUCAGCUCUCAUCCUCAUCAGGUCUGUCUUCCGCAUCAUCGAGUAUGCUGGCGGUUCUAACGGAUACUUGCUCGCACAUGAGUGGCCACUGUACGUCUUCGACUCAGUCCUUAUGCUCGCAGUCAUGGGAGUAUUCUACUACUGGUACCCAAAUGAGCUGCAGGGGUACAAGCAGCACAGCGCUGGGCUUUGUUGA